AUGGAGCUGCGCGACGCCACGCGCGAGGCGUGCCGCGUUGCGCGGCUGCUGCUCCUGCUAGACGCGGCGGCGCGCAUGGCGGCGCUCCAGCGCAUGGUGCGCGCGGUGGGGGACGCGCUGAGCCAGCCCGCGCUGCUGUCGCUCAUGUCCUCCUGCCUCGCGCCCGCGGACGCCGCCAAACUGUCGGAGCUGCGCGCGCGCAUGCAGUCCGCGUCGUUCGAGGCGGAACCGGAGGUGGCGCAGCUGUGCGCGCUGCUGAAGCGCGCGGUGAUGAGCACGGGGAUCGUGGGCGGACUCGUCAGCACCAGGGGCGGCUCCGUUUCCGCCGCCGCCGCGCGCGCCUAUAGCGACGGGCAGGAGGCUCUAUCGAAGGUGAUUGUACACCUAGGACUGAGCGAGGAGGUGCAUUUAGACCUGGCUCUAGCCAAGGAGGUGGAGGAGAGGAGCCGCGACGUGGAGAAGCUAAGGGCGCUAGAGUGCCUCUUAUCCAUCGUCCAGACGCACGUGGGGGUUGUUGAGAUUCCACCAGCCUCGCACUCGCCGUUCCCGGGAGCCGUUUCUGUUUCUGGUUCUGCUGCUGCUGCUUCGGCGGCUGCGUCGGGUGGUGGUGGUGGUUCGGGCAAUGAGCGCGGUGGGUUGGGUGGUGGGGGGAGCUUUAACAGUAGAAGCCUGGCGGCGAUUCUGGGAGGCGGAACGAGGGGGGAAGCAGGCGGGAAGGAGGAGGGAGUGGGAAGAGGGGAGGCAGGGGAGAGUUCUGCUGGCGUAGGAGGGGAGGAGGGGGCUGCAGCAGCAGUGGAGGUGGAUAGGGAGGGUGGAGCAGGUAGGGAAAAGGAAGGGGAGGAGGAAGCGACAGGUGCAGGUACAAGAGCAGCAACAGGGGAAGCAGCAGCAGCAGCGGCGGUUGAUGUCACUGCUGGGGAAGAAGGAGCCAAGCCUGACAGGGCGGAAUCCGAGGCAGGGGCAGAUGCUGCUGCUGCUUCAGCUACGAGUCAACCCAGUGAUGCUGCUGAGAGCAAGAGCGAGAGCAGAGACAACAGCAAGGGCGAAAUCAAGGGCGAAAACAGAGACGGCAAGGAGGGGAAAGGAGGGGAGGAGCGGGUGGAACACGCAGAAGAGGAAGGGGGGGAUAAGGAAGGCAAAACCGGAGAGGCAGGGGGGGAGGGGGAAGGGGAGGGAAAGGCGGAGGGGGAGGCGGAGGGGGAGGCGGAGAGGGAGGCGGAGGGGGAGGCUGUGGCGGUGGCAGUGGAGGCUGUUGAAGUGCUGACUAUGAGAGACGAGCAGCUGGGGCUUAGGCUUGUGGAGAGCGGGGGGGUGCCGCUGCUGAUUGCACUGCUGGGCGCAGAGAAAAGGGUGCAUGUGCGCGAGCACGUGCUGCUGUCUCUGCGCAACCUGGCGUGCCUGGGCGGGGAUAUACAGGACAUGCUGAUAGAGCACGGGGUGCUGCCGCCACUAGUAGCAGUGCUGGCGGAGAAUGCAGCGGACGCCAUGGCGGGCGUGCAGGUGCUGCACGAGCUCGCCACGGGGGAGACACACCGCCACGCCAUCGCCUCUGCCAAGGGCGACCUGGAGCUCAUCCGCCUGCGCUCCCGGCACAAGGAGCCCGGCGACCAGGUGCAUCGAUGGGCAGGGAUAAUUGGCACCACUGGUGGAGUGAUCGCCUCUGCCAAGGGCGACCUGGAGCUCAUCCGCCUGCACUCCCGCCACAGGGAGCCCGGUGACCAGGGCGACCUGGAGCUCAUACGCCUGCGGUCCCGCCACAAGGAACCGGGCGACCAGGUUCGGGAGCGGGCCGGGAUGGGUGGGUGGGCAGUGGAAGGGCGUCAUCGCCUCGCCACUGCUAAGGGCGAUUUGGAGCUCAUCCACCUGCGGUCCAGGCACAAGGAGCCCGGCGACCAGGUGAAUACGCCUCUAGUGGGUGGUGUGGUUGCUGCCCCCAAGGGCGACCUCGGGCUCAUCCACCUGUCCGUCCCUUGUCUCUCCUACACUUCUCUCUCGCUCACCUUCCCCGUGCCAGUGGCGGAGCUGUUAGACACGGUGCUGCGGCUGUCCUGUCCGUCCUCCUCAUCACCCUUUCACCAUCUCUCUCUUUCUCUCACCUCCCACCCCCUGAACUCCCCAUGCCAGGUGGCGGAGCUGCUAGACACGGUGCUGCGGCUGUUCUGGGAGGGGGAUCCAUCAGUGGCGGUGCACAUGGCGGCAGCAGGCCUUAUGGACCCUCUCGUCACGCUCAUUGCACCUGGCAACGACAUGGACACAGUUCUCCUCAUGGCCGAUGCAGUCAUGUCGUGCGGCAUCACCAAGGUCUCCCGCAUAGCGCUCGUGCAAGCAGGCGUCCUCCCGCCGCUCGUCCACAUGCUCUCGCACGCGCCCCCCAACGCACGCACCAUGGCAGCCCGAGCCAUAGAGCACCUCUCCCACACCGAAGCCAACCGCGUCGCCCUCGCCAAGGCUGGGGUCAUCCCGGCCCUCGUCCGCUGCCUCGGCCGAACCAUGCCGGGGGAGCUUCGGGGCGCGGCGCAAGCCACCCUCGCGAACCUAGCCAUGGAUGACCAGGAUUUGGAGACUCUGGAUGAGGAGGGGACGGUGGUACGGCUGCUUACUAUGCUCCGCGUCGGCCCUGCGACGAGCCGAGAAUAUGCGGUGAAGACUCUAGAGUUUGUGACUCGGGACGAGGAGAAUCGGCACAUGAGAGCAACUGUGUUGGAAGAUGAAGGGGCGGUGGGAGCGAUAGUGUCUGCGCUGAGUGAUGCUGUGCGGGCUACCGGCGGUGCUGUGAGCUCCACGCAUUUCACCGCUGGGGCUUUAAGGGCCAGCGCGCUGCUGCUCCUGCAGCACCUAGCGAAGGAGCCGAUGGCGGCCGCGGCAAUGGCGUCGGUGCCGGAGGCAGUGCCGCUGCUGGGGCAGCUGCUGGUGCUGGCUCUGCCGCAGGAGGAGCAUGAGGCUGUGGUGAUGGUUCUCGGGGCCAUGGCUGCGGAUAAGGGGAUGAGCACUGCCUCUUCCUUUAACUCAUCCUCCACUUCCUCCUCAUCCUCCACCUCCUCUCUCUCCGCCUUCGGUCCCGCCGUGCGCCCCGCAAUGCGCCCCCCUCCCCCUCCCGCCAUUCUCGAAGCCAACUCUCUCCUCCUCCUCUCCUCCUCCGCCCGCCCUGCCUCCUCCAUAGCCGUGCAGGAGGCUGUCCUACGUGGUGUCGCGGCAUUGGCCGAUCCCGACGAUCCGGCAAUGCAGCAAGAAGUAGCACGGCUGGGUUUCCUCCCUCUCGCCGUGCAUCACCUGAGGGUUGGCCCGGACGCUCUCCGUAUCCCCUCUGCCCGCUUGCUGGAAAACCUCUCGCUCUCCUCCCCACGCCUCUCCCGCCUACGCGCCCUCGCCCACUCCUCCCCUGUCGCCGCCGCCGCUGUUGCUGGUGCUGCUACUGGGCCUGGAAACGCAGCAGCAGGAGCGGGAAGAGCAGGGGCUGCUGCUGCUGCCGCUCGAGGGGGGUUUGGGCAGGGGUUGGUGGCGCCUGAAGUGUCAGGCGGUUUGAGAGGGGAGGCUGGUGCUGCAAGGGAGUCUGUGCCUAGCUGUGCUGGUAGGGACCCGCAAGUGGGGGCGGCGGCUGCUGCUGUUGCUAUUAGAGCUCAUUCCGCAGCAGCGCUGCUCUCUCCCAGGGUCUUCUUCCCCUUUCACACUGCCCUCUCCUCCCCCCGCCAGUCCCCUUCCCCGAAAUCCCGUGCCGAGCAAAAGAGGGGCUCACAGAUUGGCGGAGCAGGAGGAGUAAAGAACUCUAGUGGAGCGGGUGGGGGCGGCGUGAAUGCAGGUGGUGGGGUUAAUGCGGCAGGAGUUGGUGGGGGUGGUGUUGGGGUUGGUGGGGGCGGUGGUGGUGGUGGUGGUGGUGGUGGUGGUGGUGGUGUGGGUGGGCGUGGUCUCAUCUCGAGGCACAGGAAGAGCAACAGCGGCAGUGCGUUUGACCUGUUUGGGAGCAGCGGCACGCAUGUACGAGGCGCAAGCGACUCCAGCAACGGCAGCUUGUUGUCGGGCCCUGGCCUGUCCGCCUCCUUCCACCAUGCAUCCCUCGACUUCAGCCACCACUCCCACGCACACGACCCUUUUGCCCACCACAUCCCCGACUUCAGCCUGACAGAAGCACCAGAAUCACCUGGUGCACAGGCGCAGCUAAGCCCACUCCCUCCCAUCGACCCCCACUCUACCGCCUCCUCCUCUCUCUACGGCCGCAGCCUCCUCUCUCGCAACAUGCGUCUCCCGUCCCUCCUCGCCCUCCCCCAGCUCUACCGCUCGUGCAAGGUCCACGGCGGCAAGUGCUCCCUCCCCACCACCUUCUGUCUCCUCGACGACAACCUAAUCGAUGUUCUUCUAGAGCUCGUCUGCCGCGCCACCACCAACGUCGCCGAGGUCUGUCUCGCCGCCGUCGCGAGCCUUUUAGCCGACGACGCGUGCCACGAGCGGGCUGCAGAGUUCCUGGUGAAGCGAGACGUGGUGGAGGUGGCAGCGACGAUGGUGGGGCGAUCCAAGGAGCUCACGAGGGUUGGUGUGUAUAUCCUCGAGAGGAUCUUUGCGUUUGGCAAGUUCCGCAAGCCCAAGUACUCGCAGCCGGCAGUGGCGGCGCUGGGCAGGUUCAUGACCACGGCCUCUGGGCAGUCUAGAAAGACUGCUGCAGAGACCCUAAUGCGCCUCGGGAUACUGCCCAAGGGAUCGCUUACUAUGGAUAUUUAA